GGAAAAAGUUAAUCUUAAUUAGAUUUGACUUCUCAGCUAGUUCACGGAACGGCGCUAUUUCUAGGGGAUUGAAUAAUUUAUAGGUGCAUACAGAUACAUGUCAAGUAGAAGGAAAAUAGUUUUCAGUCAUUUAUGUAGUUUGUUCAUUUCUUCCGCAAAAUGGCUAUGACUGCAAGUUACUAUCCAGACUAUUUUUCACUGACUGAUAUUUUAGCUUCGCAAGAGCGUUUAACGUGUAAGAUUGAACAAGACCUGCCGCGUCUAGGUUUUUUGGACGAAUCGUCCGACCAUACAGAUUUAAAGGCAGGAACUAAACUGGAACUGCCUUUGUGGUUAGCACUUUCUUUGAAUGCUAAACAACCACCCACAGUAACUAUAGACAUUCCAAAAAUGUAUAAGGAAGCACAUAGAGAAAUAUUGAAAGCAGAUGCAUGUGCGGUUGAAUUAUCAAAAUGGAAUUUGUAUUAUUAUGAAGUUGGCAUUCAAUUAGCUAAAUGCAAUCACACAGAAAGCGAGAAGAUAGCGGAUAUACUACUUCAUACAUUCAAGGCAAGAUUUCGGCAUAUUAUGGACUGGGCACAAAAUCCAGGUACAGAUCUUACUAUUGGAAAUCGGAUGCCAAUACUCGAACGGAAUUUAUUUCUCACUGGAAGAAAAGCAAGGAUGCAAUUGAUAGAAUGGUUGGAAAAGGGAGGGGGUAAUAUAAAGACGGCGGAAAUGGUAGUAAUACAUAAGAAACGUAAACGUGGUGGUAUUAGUUCUAACAGCAAAAGUUGAAUUAAUUUCAAGCGAUUCUCCAUAUAUUUUUUCACUCAAUUGGUAAACUAUUAAUAAGGUGAUCUAAAUAAAAUUCCACUCCCCGUUAAUAUAAUAUUACCCGAAGGAAGUUAACAUUCAAAUAUUGAUUACAGUUUUAGAAAUGGUUAUUAAAUAAAUUUUUCUACAUAAGUAU